AUGUCGGCUUUCUCUUACAACGAAGCCGAGGCAUCAGAGACUGAUGCGAAGCACCUCUUGCUUCGCCAGGUUGCAAAGGAUGUCACAGUCCGUCUCUCGGAACCACUCAAGGUGGCAGAGAGCAAACAGCAUGCCAACCUGCUCUCCAUAUCCAAUGCCAACGGUCUCGCCUUUGCUGCCACCAACUCGGGCUUCUCUGUCAUCCGCCUAGCCGAGCUCAGAUCCUUCUUCAGAUCGGCAGCUCGCAACUCGAUACCCACUCUGGAUCAGCCGUUACGCUCGAUAGACACGACCUCGCUCAGCCUCAUCGCAUCGCUUCCGGCCUUCAUUUCAUCUGCCAACAAUCACUCCGCGCUGCUCGUCGGAUUCCAGAAUGGUGUCAUCGCAGCAUGGUCAGUCUCUGGCCUGAUCGAAGGCAACAAGCUCGACCCGCUCUUCGUUCUUCAGCCUCCUUCACCUGGCUUGUGCCUCGUCGAUCUCGUGCCCAACCCUUCCGAUCGGCCCGAGCUCGUCGUUGCGCUUUACCGCCAGGAGAGUAACUCAGGGAUCGAGUCGGGGAUGCCAAUCAUGGUCAACCUCAACAGCGGCUCUUUUGGUGCUCAACUCGAUGCCACGGGCUCCCGUGCCACUGCCGUGUGUUGGUCCGUCAAGGGAAAGCAAAUCGCUGUGGGUCUCGAGACGGGCGAGAUCGUCCAAGUGACGCCAGAGGGAGAAGCAAAGGAUCGGAUAGCAAAGCCAGGGUCCUUGGAAGGGUCAUACUACGUAUCCGACCUCCGUUGGCUUGAGAACCACGUCUUCGUCGCAACCUACAAUCUUCCGUCCUCAGGGUCACCCGAUGACGAUCCGGAACACUCCUAUGAGGUAUACACCAUCCUUCGCGAUGCCAAGGCCGCCCAGAUCACCUUUGCUAAGAUGCCCAUGGAUCCCGCUCCGCCAUACGGAGACACGUCUCGACCCGGCACCCGCUUUGCUGCAUGGCUGAAAGGAUGGGAGCCUUCCAAGCAUCUCGUCUUUGUCGCAAGCGGUCCCAGCACAGACGUUGGUCUCCUUUCCUGCUCCUCGAGUGAAGCAGGUGCCGCCGCAUGGUCCACCGUCGAGCUCGAGGAGACGUCAAAGCCAAUCCUCCCGUUCUCCUCCGUCGACCAAUCCUCAGAUACUGCGCCGGUCGCCGUGGACUUCGACUUGACCUCGACAGACGAGGUCGAUGACCCCAAUGCUGUGGCCAGAGGCGAUGGCAAGACCAAACUUCCAGCGGUCCCCAUUCUCUACGUCUACACGUCGGACGGUGUGCUGCUUGCCUACAACGUCAUCAACACACGGGGUCCUUUCGAAGGCAUGGUGACCUCUUCCGCUGCGCCACUGUCGCAAGCAGCAGCAUCGGCGCCAAGCGCGCCGCCAUCUUCGACACCUGCUCCAGCAGCGGCGGUAGCAUCAUCCGCGCCGAGCCAGCCUGCCACUGCUGCACCUGCGUCGGGCACCGCUUCCGCCUUCGGGCAGUCCUCUGCUUUCGGUCAGUCGUCUGGCUUCGGUUCCAAGUCCGCCUUUGGAUCGUCCGCCUCGUCCGCGUUUGGGCAAUCUUCAGCAUUUGGAUCCCCCUCGACCGCCUCGGCUCCUUCUCCCGCAUUUGGCACAGCGUUCAAGCCCGCGAGCGGUUUCGGCUUUGGGGCAUUCAGCGGCGCGGCCGGCAGCGGUCAAACUACAUCCGCGUUCGGCUCGACCGGUUUUGGCUUCGGGACCGCACCCGCUGCCGACAAGGACGGAAAAGGCCCCGAUAGUGCGGCAAAGGAUACUUCAUCGGCUGUUUCCGCUGCCAACGCCUUUGGCGCAAAGCCAGCAGCCUCUGCGUUCGUCUCAUCGUCUCUGGCUCCGAACACCACUCCAGCACCUUCAACGCAGUCUGCGUUUGGACAGUCGGCAACCAAGUCUGCUUUCGGCCAGUCCUCCGCCUUUGGACAGACGUCUGCUCCUGCCUUUGGCACCUCUUCUGCCUUUGGCUCCGGCUCUGCAUUCGGCACCACAUCCGCCUUUGGCUCGACACCAACAUCGUCUUCGCCCUUCGCUCCAAAGACAGACUCUUCCACACCAGCGACCUCGGGCUCUGCUUUCGGUGGCUUUGCUUUCAAGUCUGGCAGUGCAUUCGGAUCGGCCGCGAGCCCUUCCUCCGGCUCGAUCUUCGGAGACGGUGGCAAAUUGGAGGGCAAGAGCAAUGGCGCUUCGACGGGGCUAUUUGGCUCUAGCGCUCAGAAAGCAGGAUCGAGCACUGCUUCAGCGUUCGGCGCAUCAACGUCUGCCUUCGGUCAAGGCUCCUUCUCCGCCUUUGCCGCAAACAAGACGGCAGAAGACAAGGAGGCGAAGAGCACAGAAGGGAACGAUUCCCAGUUCAAAGGCGACGCGGGCGCAGGCAGCUUUUCCUUUGGUGGGCUUGGAGGCAUGCUGGGUGGCAGCAACGAUUCUGCUCUGUCUUCCCAGACACAGUCAAACACAGCUCCAGAGUCGGACAAGAAGGCUCAGGGAGCUUCAGCUUCAACUAUUAGCACACCCGUCCAGGCGCCGAAGAGCGAAGCUGUUUCGAAGCCAUUCUCUUUCAACUCUUCAGGGGCAACUUCGGUCUCCGACCAAGCUAGUGGAGGCCAAGUCGCAGAUACAGCCAGAGCAACGUCAGCUUCCGCUUCAACACCAGCAUUCGGCUCUUUGCAGCCAGGCCUCAAUUCAGGCGCGUCGUUCGGCAGUCAGCCAUUCUCAUUCGGCACCAACAAAGCAAGCACCAGCACAUCCACACCGACCUCGACCGCUGCCUCUUCCAAUCUACCAUCCGUCAAAGCAGACAAGGCAUCGAAGGCCGAUGUGGACACCAAGAAGGCGGACACAGCGAGCUCGAGCACCGACGCCGAGAAAGAAGAGGCGGGCCCGGCCAAGGCGCCUUUCAGCUUCACCAACGCUCCAGCCAAGCCCGCAGGCUCGUCGUCAUCGCCUUUCUCUGUCGCUCAGGGUGAAAGUCAAUCUCCUGCAACGGCUGGCAACGCCAAGACGGAACCCAAAGCGGCUUCGCCUGGACCUUUCUCGUUUGCAUCGCCCACCACGACGACCUCCAACACCACCACUACGUCACCUUUCUCGGGAAUCGGUUCGAGCUUGCAGACAAAGGCGGUCGGCGAUCAGACCAAAUCUGUCCCUUCCGAAGCGCCGAAAUCGAGCUCGCCUUUCUCGUUCGGUAACAACCCUGCCUCGACUCCAGCGGCAUCAACCACAACGCCAUCUGGCUUUGGGAGCCUCGGUCAAUUUGGCUCGACUACAACCUCGAGCGCCUCACAGAAGAAGGAUGCUCCCACGUUCUCUUUCACGAACACGAGCAAGCCAGCAUUACCGGAUGCGCCCACUAGUGCUGCCCCGGCAAAUUCUACGCCUGCUGCCCCGGCGAAGGUCACGCCGGCUCCCGCUGCUUCAAACACGGGCUCCUUCCUUGGUUUCAACUCAAGCGCCCCGAGGAGCAGCUCGCCUCUUGCUGCUGCCCCCCUCAACAGAUCCGAUGACACUCCGAAAGGGUCUCCCGAGAAACCGUCCGCAACCGCUGCCAACACGGGCAAGCCGUUUUCGUUCCAGUCGGACGCGACCAAACUUUCGUUCGGCGCUCCGCCUGCGGCGGCCAAACCACCUGCUGCCUCGCCUUCCGGGUCGACCACCUUUUCCGGAUUCGGACAGAGCAAAUCUCAGGCACCGUCCGAUGCCCCGAAGUCGACGCCCACCGCACCGGCGACUCAAAAAGCGGCGCCUGCUACCCCUCCUGCAUUUGUUGCUAAGCCUGCGUAUGAGCGCUCGGGAAGCCCUCUCGUUGGUGCACGUGCUCCUCAGUUGUCCACUUCAUCUACCGAGAAGCCCGCCAAGGUGAGCGAGAGCGGAAUUCAAGGAGAGUUCCUCAAAGCCUACCUUGUCCUCACGCAGGAGCUGGAGGUGCUUCACUCGAACGUCGAGCAGUGUGCCGGAUUUCUUGCCAGCCUUCGCGACUCUACCGGCCGCGCACAAUCCGUUGAUGACUUUGCCGACCCCGCGAAGUGGUCCUUUGGUGAUCUCCCCAAGAUGCUGACGCUGGCAAAAUCGCUUCGACCGCUGACUCAGCAGGUCGAGGACGAGGCGACGUCCCACAAGCGCAAGCUUGCCGAGCUGCAAAGUCUGCAGCUUAAGGCGGAAGCCAAGCGCGACGAAGCUGAGCGCUUCAUUCGUGCUCGCAGCGAUCCAGACUUCGCCAAGAUGAUCCGGAUCAGGCAGCUUGGACCAGAGCACGUCGAGAAUCAGAACAAGCUGCGCAAGGCGAGCCAGGUCGUUCGCGAUCGCAUCGUCGAGCUGGAGGAAUACCUGACCACACUCAAGGACAAGCUGCAGCAGGCCAAGACAGGUCGUACAGCUCUCAAGGCACCAAGUCUGGACUCCGUUGCCAGAGCUAGUCGCAACAUCACCGCUCGCACAACCGCGGUAAUGCUGGAGCUCGACAAUCUCGCACUCGAGAUGGAUCUCAUGCGACCGUCCGACCAGGAUCUUGCUCCACGCGAACCCAGUCGUGGCCUGUCACGCUCGAUUUCGGUCGUCAGUGGAACCGAGGAGGAUGGGCCGCUGAACGACGUGAGCAAUCUCGCGCGCACGUUGCCUUCUUCUACCGCGCUCAUGUCCGCGGACGAGAUCACGCGUGCCGAACGAGUCAAGAGCGAGAGUGUCUCUGUCUUCCUCAACGCCCGCGAAAAGCCUCUCCUCAACAAACGCGCUGUCCCUAGCUCGCAACGGAGCGACAGGAAGACCACCAAGCCAUUGCAGGGGCCGGACCUUCAAAUCGCUUUUGCGAAGGGCCCUGUCCACCUCGGCAGACGUGUGUCGCCUCCAGCGCCAGCGCCGACUGCCCAGCCAGCUCUUAAGCUUCCUGCGCCCGUCGUCAGCGACUCCACCCGGAAUUCCGAACCAGUCCAAUUUGCUGAGGGCGGCAAGAGCGCACCGGUCCCUGUCCUGUCACAGCCGCCUGUGUCAUCAACAUCGGCGGGAUCCGUUGCUGCGGCAGCGUCUGCCGCCGCACCACCGCAGUUCGGAUUUGCUGCUUCGCGAGCUCCUGUCUCGGACAACGCCACAGCCGCCCCUGCUCCAAAGCCAGCAACACCAUUGACGCCGCUCAACUUUGGCGGUUUCGGAUCUUCUGCUUCCUCAGCGAAGCCUGCAUCCGCACCGUUCGCCGGCCUCGAAUCUUCGCCGGCCCUUGCCGCGCCCAGCACACCCGACGCUGCAACAUCGGCGCCCGCUCCUCAGCCAGCCGCAGCCUCCAAGCCAUUCAGCUUCGGAGGCUUCGGCUCGCCCAAUGCUCCUUCGCCGAAGCCUACCGAAUCGCCCUUUGCUGGUUUCGGCAAAGCAACUAUCCAGAGCUCGGCUACUUCGACUGCAACAACGCCCAGAGGCAACGCUGCUCCGGCAUCCACGCCCUCGAGCUUUGAUGGCUUCAAGGUGCCUGCUGCAGCGCCGGCCAAGCCAGCUUCUGCGCCAUUCUCAGGUUUCGGCUCUUCGCCUGCUUCAUCGUCUCCUGCCCCGAAGGACUCUAAAGGCGCACCUGCAGCCGCGCCAAGCACAGCUCCAAGCGCUUCGCCGUUCGGCAGCGGCACACUCUCGACACUCAACUUCGGCAAGCUCAGUUCCGUGCCCGCUGGCAUGUUUGAUCUGCCCACGAAGGAUGACACGCCAUUCCAGCCCGGAGCACGUGUGCCCAGCUCGAGCCCGAGCAGCAUCCGCAGUUCUGGCACAGGCAAGCCCAAGUUCAAGGGCAUCGCCGUUGCUCUGCCGCCCGCUUCGACCCAGGCCAGUGCUGAUGCAAGUGCCGCCGGAUCUAGCGCUCCUGCGAAGGCAGCCUCUGAUUUCUUCUCCCUGCCCCUGGCGCCGAAGGCCAAGGAGGAGGAAAAGAAAGCUUUGAUGCCAUCUUUCUCAGGCUUCAGUGGCUUUGGUACAAGUGCGACGACCAGUGCUGCCAAGGACGCGCCUGCUGCCCCCGCCCCGGGCACAAAGCCGACCUUCAGCUUCGGCGAUCUAGGAAAGGAGAUCGAGCCGCCCUCUGUUACAUCGAAGGCUCUCGAAGAGGCCAAGCCGGCUUCGUCGAGCGGCGGCUUCAGCUUUGGCACCCUUGGCAAAACGGACGCUGCCGCCACUGCCUCAGCGCCUUCGCCCGCUGCGUUGUCGAAACCUGCUGCCACCGGCUUCAGCUUCGGAGCUCCAGCCAAGGAGAACGGCAACGCUGCCGCCGCGUCCACCUCUCAGGAACAGCCAAAGCAAACACCUGCUCCCAGCUUCAACUUAGGUGAUCUGGCCAAAAAGUUGUCUGCCGAGAGCGAUUCUCAGCCAGAAAAGCCAGCCACCGCUAGCUUCAAUUUCGGCGACUUUGGCAAGAAGACCGCGGAGACGUCGACACCAGCGUCAGCCCAAGAGAAGACGACUGCGUCUGCAAAGUUCAGCUUCGCGUCUGCUGCAGCUGCCGAGCCACCAUCCGAAGAGAAGACGGACGAUUCGGCAGCAAAUAAUGCUAAGGACGCGAAAGAGAAGGACGCAGAUGAGAAGCAUGCGAAUGUCAAAGGUGCAGACGCCAAGGCCUCGAAGGAGGAUGACGCUAAGGCGCAGGACGCGGAUACGAAGAGCUCGACGGACAAGGAUGCCGAAGCAAAACAGACGGACACAAAGGAGCCAAGUGCAAAGGAUGCACCCUUGACCGACCCGUCCACCUUCACCUUCUGCAAGCCGACCGAGCCACGCAACAAGGAGCCUCUGACGGAGCCGCAGCCCCCGAAGCAAGACUCGUCAUCGUCCGCGUGGGCCACCAAGCCCGCCACGCCUUCCUCUACCGCGGCAUCCACUCAGAAGGACGAGUCCCCACCCAAGGUCGAACCGCAGUCGAAGGACAGCCAGCCCAGCUUCACCUAUCCGUCCAAGUCCGAACCUAGCGAGCCCGCGUUCUCCUUCGCACCGAGCAAGCUCAACCCAUCCACCACCUCGACCGCCUCCGCAUUCGGCGCCUUCAAGUCCAGCCCAGGCUUCGGGUUUGGUGCGUUCUCCAAACCCGCCGACUCACCGGCCAAGGCGGUGAACGCAUUCAGCUUUGCCCCCUCCACGCCUAGCGCCAAGCCGGGUGCGUUCGGGAGCACGUCGGCUUUUGGGAGCACUUCGGCGUUCGGUAGCACGUCUGCCGGUAGCACGUCUGCUUUCGGGAGCACUUCUGCUUUUGGGAGCACUUCUGCUUUUGGUAGCAGCUCUUCGCCCAGCACCCCAAAGUCUAAGGAUGAGACGCCCAAGUCUGCGUUCAGCUUCAGCAGUGGUGGUGGGUUCGGAGCGUUCGCGUCGGCGAGCAAGGGUUCGCCAUUUGCAGCUGCCUCGCCGAGCGAUAAGAAGGAUGACAAGGGUGAUACGAGCAGCGGAUCGCUGCUGUCGAGGCUGGGUGCAGCGCAGCGCAAGGACAGCGAUGAGGACGACGAUGGGGACGAGGAAGACGAGGAGGAGUAUGAAGACGAAGAUGAUGAGGAGGGAGAUGACGACGGUGAGGAGAGAGACGACGAUGAACAGGAUGAGCACGAGGAGGACUACGAAGAUGAAGACGACUACGAGGAUUACGAGAGCGAGGAUGAGGAGGACGACCUCGAAGGCGAGGAGGAUAACAGCAACGGCGAUGUGGACAGCGAUGUCGGCGAGAACACGAUCGACGCUAGCGCUGUUCAUGUGCGCAAGAGCGAUGCUGAGGAGCCCAAUGACGACGACGACGCAGGCUCUGAUGAUGACGAGCAGGAGAGUGAAGAGGGUUCCGAUGACGACGAGCAGGAGGACGACGAGGAAGAAGGGCUCUCGGCAGUCGAGGAGGAGCCGGAAGAGGAAGAAAAGGCCGAGGCGAAAGACACUUCCAAGUCGGACUGA